AUGGUAGAGCAGUUUGUUGGAACCUGGAAGCUGGCUGCCAGCGACAACUUUGAUGAAUACAUGAAGGCUCUUGGUGUGGGCUUUGCCACCCGCCAGGUGGGCAAUAUGGCUAAACCCAACCUAGUGAUCAGUGUGGAUGAAGCGGGCUUCAUUACAAUGAGGUCAGAGAGCACUUUCAAAACUAAAGAAAUAAAGUUCAAACUCAACGAGGAAUUUGAUGAGACCACGGCAGAUGACCGACAAACCAAGACCAUUAUUACGUUGGAGAAUGGCAAACUGGUGCAGAAGCAGGCAUGGGAUGGAAAAUCUACAACGCUGGAACGAGAGAUCCAGGAUGGCAAACUAACAGCUAAAUGCAUCAUGGGUGAUGUUGUUGCAAUGAGGACCUAUGAGAAGGAGGCUUAA